AUGGCGGGCGCGCGCGUGCUCGUGCACAGUGUCACCGGCGUGUUCUGCCCGGGACACUCGGACGUGGCCCUGGUGAGCUGCGGGCUGGAGCGCGGCCGCUUCCUCAUCUCCGAUGUCCCCUUCCCCGGCUCCACCGUCACCGUCCUCAAGAGACCCCCGUUCUGCCCCGCCAAGCUGGGAGGGGCCGCGCUGGGUGGCCGGGGGGGACAGCCGGGGGUGGCCGCAGCGGUGGCCGUGCUGCUGGAGGCCGCCUGCGGCCACGUCCUGCUCACCCGCCGGGCCACCACCCUGCGCCACUUCCCCAACGUUUGGGUGCCACCAGGUGGGCACUUGGAGCCAGGAGAAGAGCUGGUGGCCGCAGGGCUGCGGGAACUGGCCGAGGAGACGGGGCUGCGCCUGGAGCCCGGGACCUUCUCGUGGCGCCUGCUCGGCCUCUGGGAGUCCCUGUUCCCCCCCACGCUGAGCUGGGGGCCACCGCGCUGCCACCACAUUGUCACCUACCUGGGGCUGCGCUCGGCCGAGCCCCGCGAGCGGCUGCAGGCCCGGCUGUGUCCGAGCCCGUGUGAGGUCAGCGCCGUGGCCUGGCUGGAGCCUCCGGUCCUGGAGGCCAUCGCUGCCACCGAGGAUGGAGCCGAGGGAUCGGGACCGGGACCGGGAUCAGGACCGGGAUCAUUGCCCGGAGAGCUGCCGGCCACCGUGGGGAUCACGGAGCUGAGCGCCGACGGCUUCCGGAGCUCCCGGAUUCCCACCGGGAUCCUCCUGCGCCGGGCCCCGGCCCACGGCCCCGACCUGGAGCGCGUCAGCACCGGCACCAAAUUCGCGCUGGGGAGGUGGCGGGCGGGGCCCGGCCAGCGGGAGCGGGAAUAAAGCGCUUCCCUCGGGA